UCUCGUGAUCAGGGCUUCUCCCUCUUUGAAGAUGUUCUUCGCUGUCGGGAGAAAGCGGAUUCGGCUCGGAACGUGCUUGCUACAAUGCAGCGAUUCCACUUUCUCUUCAACCUACCGGAGGCCAUUCGCAACAAUGUUAAGCAUGUACGAU